AUGUCUGUUACUUCUCCGGACGAGGUGGUUAGCCAUAUUUCGGAUAUUCUCUGUGUGGAGGAGAACGGACUGAGUGUGGGAGAGGUGUGGGAGAGCAUUGGAUCAAAGUUCGCUCGCUUUGGUGCUUUUGAAAAGACUCUUGUUUGGAGUUGGCUUACCUCAGAAGAAGACUUCAUUGUGUUUACUAUUGAAUCUACAAAGACCGACAAAAAUGGCAAGAAGACAUAUGAUCGACAAAUAAUCGAUGAUUCUAGCAGCCUACUGGAACUGAUCGACCAAUACGGAGAAGCAAAUUUGCGUGUUGGGGUAUCAGAAGAUAAACAAUCGCUGUUCCUUCUAGGAGUGACCAAAGAAAACAACACGCUCGGAUACUUCCCAUACGAGCUCCUGCGCUAUAUUACGAAAUCCAAACAAAAGGGCAUAUCGUCCACCGAGCUAAUCCAACAGUCGGGACAGGAUCGACGUAGUUUGACCUCCCGUCUCCAGACUUUGGAAGACCUGGGUUUGGUGAAGAAGUUUCCUGCCAUUAUUGACUCUGCAAACUCCUACAUCAUAGUCAGCACCAAGUAUGAAGACCAGUUUCUUUUCACAAAUGUGAAGACCGCUUUUGAUUUGAUGGGAGUGAUUAUGAAGUCAUUGGAAGAGGCUCCCAAUGGAGUUCGCGUGCCGUCAGAUCUUGCUCGCGAACAGAAACUCACUGCGAAAAGAGAAAGGCGCACAUUCUCGAAAGCGGUGCGCAAUCUCGUUAUUUUAGGUUACGCUACCAAGAUCAAUGUCCAACACGAAUCUUCAGGUCGCAAGUUCAUUGGAUUGCAACUGGUCAAGGAGUUCCCAAAAUCUGCUGCCGAGAAACAACAACUGAAAGCACAGUUGGCAGAUAUUGGCCAGGACAGAGAUGACGAGCAAGACGAGCUAUUCAAUUCUGUCUUUGAGUCCAGCGAGGACGAAUCUCCCACCUUCAAUCCGUUUUUCCCGCUCCAGAAUCAAAUCUACGAUACCGUCAAAAACAAUCCAGGAAUAUCCACAAAGAAAUUAAACACAUCCAUAACGGGAGCGCUGUCAGUGAAAUCGUUUUCUAACUAUCUUACAGCGUAUGUACUCGAGAGUCCUGGAUCUGAACAGAACACCAUUAUACGAUAUCUCCAGUAUGAUGGUAAGGCUAGGUAUUAUAGUCAUAUGACACAGAACGACUUUUUACGGCAGCAGGGAACCGAUAUACCAGAGCAGGAAGCCGGCUUUUUGCCUGUGUUACCAAAUACUCAGUCCAUAGUGGAGCUGAGCACAAGGUUAUAUGUUGAACCGUUUUCAAAACGGGUUUCCUUGAUUUUGCUCCCAAAUCAGAGCUUCAAGUUCUAUUGGUUUGGCUACUCGGGCCCACUUUUGAAAAGUCUGGUUAAUAAGCCGGGACUGAUCAAGAAACUGGUGGUGGACGACUCUUUCAGCAUUCUUGUUAGCAAAAAGAUCGAGCUGUCAGGAGAACCAAAAACAAUUUUGGGUGGUAAUUUUGAUGAGUUUACAGGGGACAUUCAUAAAAGAAGCGGGCCAUCAAGUGUGCUUACAAAGACAGAGACCGAAGUAAAAAUAGAAGAGGCCACACAUCCAGCGGAGAUCGACUUUGGUCCAGGGAAACGGCGGUCUGCGCUCGUUCAAAUUGUCAAUGCAGAGAAAUGCGUGAUUCUCAACAUGGAUCUGAUGAAGAAGAUAUCCGACAAGCUGAACGUUAGCUAUUUGGUUGACCGCAGAACGGUGAAGAAGGAUGCUACCAUUUUGGAGAAGGAGAACCUGAUCGAGGUGAGACAAGUCGAGAGUAGCGUGCGAUCAGCUACACAUAUUGUUUUAUGCUCUACCAGUACUCCUCCAACGGAAAACGAUAUUGACCAACUGUCGCAUUCGGUUUCGCGCCCGUCUACAAGAGUUAACCCGCUUCUUAUUACGGCACCUACACAACCCGUUUUCAAGGCCAAUGACUCUCACUUCUUCCAGAUGCCUCCUCAGUUGGUGUCCACUCUUCGCUCUUCUGAUGGCAAACGAGGACUGAACACGAGCAAACACGCCGAAAACCGUCUCAAGGCUGCUGGACGCUCUGGAGAAUCAAAGAAGAAACGGUCGUUCGCUCCCAAAGAAGAAGACUUACUUGGCCCGUUGAUGGAGUCGCGUAAACGGAAGAAGGUUUCUAGCCGCACAAAGUCUCAACAAACAACAUCGAAAUCGACGAAACGUGCUCGCAACAACACUCGUUUGUCCAGCAGGGAUGUCUUACUGCUUAUCCGGGCAAUCAUCAUCUCGCAAUCGCUGUCAUCCGCAAACAACAUCGAUUGGAGCAGAGUUUCUGCUCUUUUUGACGAUAAAUACACGGCGGAGAUUUUGAGACGUCAGUGGCCCCGCCACAAACGUGUCAUUGGAAUGAGAGCGCUUCACUUGUCGCGCAAGACAUGGGAACGGAUCCUAAUGAGUGCUGUGUCCAGCGGUGAGAUCACAGAGAAGCAGCUCGUGGAUUACGACUUGGCCGAGAUGAUUCAACUUUGGAGAUCUAUGGAUGCAGAGUCCUUUGAAAACACGCACGACAUAGUGCUCUACCGUGAUUACGAUGAGAACUUCAAAGAACAACAGUUUAGACCUGAUAUCAGCCUGAGAGGGGCAGAUGUCUUCAAGGAAGGAACCUCUAUCAUUGAACGUGAGGAACAGUAUGCUCGCAUAUCAUUCACCUAUCCUGCAGCCAAGCCACAGCCAGAACUCCAAGCACCUACACGUGUUCAGGAAGCGAAGGUAAUGCUCAAAGCUCUGUUUGCGACUGGUCCAGAGAAGUUUUCGUCCGCUAAGGCUAAAAAAGUGUUUUCUUCUACUGAAAAGGAAGUUUACUCCAAGGCUUUGAGCGAAUUAGAGGAUGAUAAGGUUAUUGCCUAUUUGGGAGAAGAUUCACCUAUCAAGUUCACCUUGACGGAGAAGAUCAUGUUUCUGAUCGACUGGAAGUUCACUCGGUCUUUCUUUGACCAGUGCUCAGGGUUUGUGGAAAUGAUGGAGUCUGCCACACUCAACAACAAGGGUGUGAUACUUUCGCCACAAUCACCGGACAGCUGUUUUGCGCCGCUAAUUAAUCUCAUGGCAGAGAACCACAUCAAGGUCACGAGGAUCGACCAGAAGCCUCCAGUCUUGGUGGAUAACUACUCGACAAAAAGUCAAGAUAAGACGAAGCUCGAGAGCGACUUUAUUCUUCACAACAUGAAGAAUUUUGUUGACCUGAAAACAGUACCGCCUCCAGGAGGUGCGCCUUGUUCCCAUCUGUGGAUAGAUCUGAACGGUGAUUUCAACAUGGAGAUCUGGCUGAAAACCGUCUGCUCUUUGAUCAGGUGUAUUGUGUUCCGGCCUGGUGUGACAUUUGAACGAUUGUGUCUACGUUUUAGUCCGCUUUACGAGCCGUUUGAGCUCAAACCAAUACUUGAUUGGCUGAUAGCGAAAAAUUCCAUCCAUGAGAAAAAGAACGGCUACUGGGCUAACUCGAACUGGUAUCUUACGUUUGACCGCUACACAGUUGCCACGAUCUGUUUUCACAGCGUCCUUUUCUGGAGCAAUGUCGAACUCAAAAAUGUCCAUUGGAAGACCAAUAGUAGUACAAGAGUUUGGAACGUCGACAAUACCAGCAAUGUGGCCCUGAAUAGGGGCGGACGACAACAGCAAGUAGAUCUGGUAGUCGUUGUAUCCGUAUCUUCUGAGAUACUCGAUGACUCUCAAACAGGUUUGUCUGUAGGCCACGGUGGUGUCCAAGCACAACUGUUUGCCGGAUUCGUCAACAGAGAACCCUUCAAAGGUGAGGUAUCUGCCUGGACCGUAGUGGUUCUCGACAGGACCGGGAAGAUACAUUGGACUCUUGAGGUUGAGCUUGAACAUUCCCUGUUUGAUGACUGA